UCAGAAAAGCGGCGGAGGUAGCGAAGUCAUCAGAAAGACUGUCAAGUAAAAACUAAAAAGCGAACAGCUGUAGGAGAAGACGUGCGACGAAGCUUUGCCCUUCAAGAAUGGCGAUAUCAGGGGAUCUCCGAGUCUCUGCAUCGCUAGCGUCUUACCCUAAGCACCCUCUUCGAAACCUGCAUUCUUCGUCGACUUCUAAGGUGGACUUCAAUGCUUUUCCCAGUGGAGGAUCUGGGACCUCUUCUCAGCUGACACACAAGUGUCCUCCUGCCAUCAGCAUGCUCGAGUAUCGUAGAAGUACACAUGGUGCCAACAAGGGUUUGGCUGCAGUAUCUGAAGAUUAUCAUCAGCUGUCCUCUUCUUCAUUCUCUGAAGAUGCUGAGACGUUUAUCCUGAAUGCCAUAAACAUGAACUUCUUUGAGCGCUUGAACUUGGCGUGGAAGAUAGUCUUCCCAUCACCUGCGCGGAGAAAGAGCUCAAAUGCGAGGAUUGCCAAACAACGGCUGAAGAUGAUCCUAUUCUCCGACCGAUGUGCAGUGAGCGACGAGGCUAAGAGGAAGAUCGUCAACAACAUCGUGCAUGCUCUCUCAGAGUUUGUGGAGAUUGAAUCACAGGAUAAAGUUCAACUGAAUGUCACCACCGACACAGACCUUGGAACUAUGUACUCGGUCACAGUACCUGUUCGACGUGUGAAGCCAGAGUAUCUAGAUCUAGAGGAGAUUGGAUCAAUUACCAACAUUGAAUACAAAGAAACAGGAGACCAAUCUGGUGCAGUUGAUGUCAGAUUCGAUUUCUACAUCCCGGAUUAAAGAACCAGGUGAUCACCUCAAGCCAAAAUCAAAGUACAGCAUGUGGGCAGCAUCAGAGGUUCAAUCAAACCAAAUCCCCACCCACCUUUCUACGAUUUUGAGCUUUCGCAAGUUCUGUUAAGUUUUAAAUCCUUUGUAUAUAUAUAUCCCAAUAUCUCUCUUCUUAGUGUACUGAAGAUUCUUUGUUGUUGAAUUUGCAACGAGAUUUAACCCUUGGUCUUUUGAAUCCUACUUCUGUGCAUCUUAAUAGUUGCUUUGCUUUCUUGUAUUGUUCCUCAU